AUGGGCAACGCAUCCAGCUCCAGGUCGUCGCUAGAGAGUGUGCUCUCUAUGCGUGGGGAGCACAAGAUUCGCCGAAAGCGCGUUCAAAAUGCACAGAGAGCAUGCAUAUUCACGCUUCCGACGGAGAUUUUGCUGCUCAUCUUCCACGACCUCUGUGCAGAGGGCACGCCACGGGCAGUCUUGCGCCGCCGCUAUCCUCGCGAGUUGCUUGCUCAUGUCUGCCUUUUCUUUCGACAAAUCAUCCUCCAAACGCCGGACUUUUGGACGACUGUCGACUUUCCCCUUUACUGGACGCCCGACCAGCUCUGCUCGUAUGUGCCAUGCAUGCUGGAGAGAGCGAGGAACACUCCAUUACGCAUCGUGGUACGUGAUGGAAUGGCUCCAACGAUCAAUCCAGAACUGGUGGACGUGUUUACUCGCUUGUUCUCGUGCGUCAAGCGCAUCGAGAGCAUUCACUUUUUCGCGUAUCACGACUACAUGAACCACUUUCGACAAGGUUUCAUCGCAGCACUUCCAUGUCCUCCUAAUUCCUUUGUUGUGCAUCGUAUCGCCGAAGCAGAGCGGUGUUCAAUCCUCUUUGCCAGGACUUCACAGACGCCACUGAGGCCCAUGGAUAGGGCAAAUCAAUUCUACAUAUCGACGCACGCCAAUCUGGCUGCCGUCGAGUCUGUCAAGGUUGUCGACAGCAUCGUUCGUCUCGAGGAGGAUAGCCUUCGAGACGCGGUCAUGUCAUGGCGCUCCUUUGAGCUAACAGCACAUCCUCUGUGCGCGUAUGCUCGCGCUGGAGCCGAGGCCGAUUUGGUCUUACAACGCUGUCCCCAGUUAGAGACGCUGGUCGUCGAUGGAAUCCUCCUCUUUGACGCUCUGCACCGUCAACCGCUCAAACCUUCGCUCUUACCACCCCUUCGAGAGCUUCUCCUUCCUGGGUGUGCCGGUUUCUACGACCUGGAGAGACUCCUCCCAGGUGUAGUAUUUCCUCAUCUCGUCAAAUUUGGAGUCGGCGACGAGAGCGGCCAGGGUCUGCCUGCGUUUCUUCUCCGGCAUCCCAACAUUACAGAUCUCACCCUCGGUAUCAUUUCAGACUACGAAGGAAUCGCAGCAGCGUGUCCACAGGUGACAAAGCUGUCGCUCAAGGUCCUCGCCCUUCACCUCGUCUUCGCCCAGCCACCUGAAGACAACGCGGAGGGGUCACGUAGAACUCCACCGUUUCCAAAUUUGGAACGACUUCAUAUCGAGACCGAUGAUUAUGGACUCUUUGCGCGUGACUUUGAACGCAUUAUCAAAUCCCGUAUUGUCAACCGCAAGGCAGACGACGUUCACAAGACCAAGCUCACGACGCUCUCUGUUCGUAUCGCGGAUAGGCGCUGGCUGUUCAAUCAUCACAUGCGAUUCGCUGUCGUUUGGUGGGAAGACGAUGUUUGCUUCAUGGAUUGGGCGGAGGAUGUGCCCUUGUUGGAUGUCAGCUGUACCUCGUAUACGCUCUUUCCAGUCUCCCUCAUACCUGCUGGAUUGAUUUAG